AUGGGCGGUUUGUCUCAAAGUAAAAUCAUUGUGACCACUCGGAGUUUGAAAGUUGCUUCAAUAAUGAGUUCAAUUAGCCCUUAUGAAUUGAAAGUUCUUCCUCAUGAAGAUUGUUUGAUUUUGUUUACAAAAUGGGCAUUUAAUGAUGGUGAUGAUAGAAAAUACCCAAAUCUCAUGAGGAUUGGGGAAGAAAUUGUGAAAAAAUGCAAAGGGGUUCCUUCGGUAGUGAGAACUUUGGGGAGCCUUUUGUUUAUGAAAACUGAUGAAUUUGAUUGGAUCUCUGUUCGAGAUAACGAAAUAUGGAAACUCGAGCAUGCUGAAAAUGAGAUUUUACCAGUCUUGAAGUUGAGUUACAACCAUCUGCCAUCUCAUUUGCAACGGUGUUUUGCUGUUAUGUCAUUGUACAAAAAGGAUAGUAUAUAUUAUAGUGAUAAAGUCAUCCAAUUCUGGAUGGCAAAUGGACUGCUUGAGCAUUCAAAGCAAAAGCAAGAAUGGGUUGAUGUUGGAGGUCGAUAUUUGAAUGAGUUACUGUCGAGGUGCCUCAUCCAAAAGGAGACUGAUUAUGCCUUGGGUUUUACCUUUAAAAUGCAUGAUUUGAUACAUGAUCUUGCAUUAGAUGUGUCACAAAAAGAGUGUAAAACAGUGAAUUCCCAAUCAUAUGUUAUUGAUGAAAAUGUUCGACAUUUAUCAUUUUGUGAUGACAAGCUGCUAAAGGUUCCGCAAGAUUUGAAGAAAUUAAAAAAUGUUCGAACAGUAUUCGUCCAUGAGCUUUCAACAGAAUCGAAGACUAUCCAUGAAUCUAUUAUCAAUCUUUGUGUCUCAAAAUUUAAGUAUCUACGAGCACUUCAUUUACGUUGUUCACCAUUGACAGCUUUACCGAAUUUGAUUGGUACCUUGAAGCACUUACGAGACCUUGAUUUGACUGGUUGUCGAAAUAUACAGAAACUUUCAAGUUCUUUCUAUAAGCUUCGGAGCUUGCAAACAUUAAGAAUGUAUGGUAUUCCUUUGAUGCAAUUGCCUGUCAGCAUGGAAAGCUUGAUUGAGCUUAGAUAUCUAGAAAUAACCAUUAAAGCUAAGCAUGUGAAAGAAACUUGGCUGCAAUGUUGGGCAUUUCUUCAAUACUUGGGCUUGUUUGAAUGUGACAACUUAGAAUGCUUACCUGAAGGAAUGCAGUAUCUCACAUCACUUCGAAGACUUGUUCUGUUUGGUUGUCCUAAUCUUGUCUCACUACCACGAAGCCUGAAACACCUAACCAAAUUAGAAGUCCUUCGAAUAUCUUGCUGCGAAAAAAUCAAUCUAUGA